GCCGCUAUUUUCUAAGCCCAUGCAUGCAUAGCUCUUCAUGCAAUUGGCGACAAAAUCUUUUCAAGUAGACACAGCAUUUUCUGACUUUUUAAUUUGAAAACGCGCAACUGUUACAGUGAUAUCAUAAGUCGUUUUCAUUCGUACCUAUAAUUUCCUAUAUAUUUCCUUACCAAUUUAUUUAUAUGAUAUUAAAGUCGUUACAUCCACACUAUUCAACAAUGUCGAAACCAAAGUCGAGACACAUCGAUUGCAAAAUGCCGACGAGCUACAUACCAAGACGGUUAACUCCAGCUCCUGCACCAAAGAAAGUCAUGUUUUCAGCAGAUGGAAUCAUUCACCAAGUACAGAAAGUGUCGGCCGACGUUUCCGAAUUGCAAAGGAAUAUGGCUGUAGAAUCAGAGGCUAGGAACGAUUUACAACUAUGCGUCGAAAAGUUGAAAGCGGAAAAUGAGGCGACAAAAAAAUAUUUUGCUCAAGGAGUCGCAGAUGUUACAUCGAAAGACAGUGGUGGCGUUAAACGGUCAUUGCAUCUAUUAAUGAAAACUUUACCGUGCAAGUCGUUGGUGGAAUUGGAUUGGUUGCUUGCGUACAUAUUGAUAAGGAGCUCUCAUUGGGUUGAAUAUAUCAAGUUGUUGGGAGGCAGUGAUUUUAAUUCAUCAAUAAAAAUAGUAUUGGAUGCCAUCAUGAUCAGGUCAGUUCAGAAGGAAUUGUCAUGGACUGGUAAACAAAGUAAAAAGCCGAGUCUAAAGUUUAAAUACAAAGAAAUUGUAGACGGUGUUCACAUGGCUAUGAACGAAAUGUUCACUGAUUAUACGAUCGCUAAAGGAGAAGCUAAGAUUUACAGCCUUCUGAAAAAUGCUUCGAAGAAGUGAUUUGAGAUAAUUUGUUUCGAAAUAAAUGCAGUGAUU